AUGCGACGCGCAUGCGCUCUUAGAGGUUCCCGGGUCAAGCGCGAUUCAUUUCCGGUAGCGGGCCGUGAGGCCAUGGGCUCCUUUGAGGGCUCGGAGAGGUUGAGUAACUUGCCCAAGGAUGCACAGCUAGCGGCCGCGCGGGCCUGGGUGGGGAGCCAGAGCCCGGAGCUGUGCAGAGCAACAGUGAGCACCCGGAGAGAAACGGUGGUUUCUUUGUCUCCCUUCCAGGCUGUCAUCCGAGCUGUGUCCCGGUGGUGGUGGUGGUGGCCGGCUGCCUCAGGGAGGCCCCUCCUGGGGCUGAGGUGCCGCAGUGAGCGGGUCCCUAGGAGGUGGGAAGGAAGUAGGCUGCCCACCUUGAAGGAGAUGCCAUUGGGCCCAGGGACAGAGAAAUUCCAAAUGGUCUACCGCUUUGAUGCCAUCCGAACCUUCGGGUACCUGUCACGGCUGAAGGUGACACAGACGGCCCUGACGGUGGUCCUCCUGCCACCCGGCUUCUACUUGUACUCCCAGGACCUCGUGAACCUCAACACGCUGUACCUGGCGGCCACCACUGCUGGCUUUGCCCUGGCCAUGUUGUGCUGGAUGAGCCAUUUCUUCCGCAGGCUGGUGGGCAUCCUGUAUGUCAACGAGUCUGGCACCGUGCUGCGAGUGGCCCACCUGACCUUCUGGGGUCGGCGGCAGGACACCUACUGCCCUGUGGCCGACGUGAUCCCCCUCACAGAGACCAGGGACCGGCCGCAGGAGGUGUUUGUCCGUAUCCAGCAGUACAGUGGGAACCAGACCUUCUACCUCUCACUGCGCUACGGACGCAUUCUUGACAAAGAGCGGUUCACACAGGUGUUUGGGACACUGGGCACGCCCAAGUAAACACCGGAUGUUGGCCUUGGGUAGCCCCAGGCUAGCCAGCUCUCUGUCAGGCCACAGUGAGGGACCGGCAGCUGCGGACACUGCCGGGGUUCCUGGGAACCUCCUGGCAACACCAUGGGGUUCUCAAGCUGUGACCUCUGGGAAGCAGAUUACCAGGACUGAUGGCUGCAGUGCGUCCAAAUCAGCUUGACAGCCGAACAUGGUCGCAGGCACCAGGGAACUUGUCUCAGGGGGACAGACAUUCCACUGACUAGUGGAAAACCCUCUGUGCAGAUGUUCCCCGCAUCUGUUUGACGGGCAGCCAGGUAGGGGCCAGAAGCUUCCAGUAAGGAGCCAGUUCUUGGAGCUGACUCAUGGGAAGCCGAGCUGCCUGCCAAGCAUGGUGGCGGAAAACACGGAGUCCUGAGUUCUGGAAGCACGCUGAGUGGAGUUGUUCAAGUCUAAAAUGGGAAAGCCUGCUGAUCCCUUGUGAUAAACACUAUCACAUUGUGAGCAGGUGUGGUCCUUGAGGUCAGAGCCUGUACCAAGCAUCCAGGCCAUAAGGCAAGUCCCUACGUGUGUGUGUCUCCAGGGGCUGAAAAGACUGGCAGAAAGCCUGGAUACGCGCCACAGCCACGCACCAGUGGUCACUGCGCGCCCACGGGGCAGGCAAACCCAGAGUCCUGUGGGGAUCUGCUCAUUCCAAGGUUCCGCAGUGUAAUAAAGCCCUGACCUGUUACUGCUGCUUUAUUUCAUCCACAGGAGCCUCCUGUUAUAAACCAGGUCAGGCAUCUCAGGUUUUAUAGGCUCGGUCCCAAUCAUUGCCAUAAAGUGUGUCACACGAA